AAGGGCUCUGGGAGAAUCUCUGUGUUGUUGUCUGUGGCACGCUGGCAGAAACGACGUCAUUUUACCACAAGAGCUCACUGCAAGGCACCCGGUUAUAGCUGAGACCCUCCAGUUAGCUAAGAUCUAGCUAUCGCCGGUGAAGGCAGUCCCUGGGAACGGAAAGAUCUAGUAGGGGUGUCUGCAGAGAUGGGGGCUCUCUUAUCCCGGUGGAAGACCAAGCAGACCACGGUGGAAUUGCUGGAGAGCCUGGAUAAGGACAUCAAGGACCUGGAGGAGUUUCGAGCCAAAAACCAGCGUCUGCAGAAGCUGUGGGUGGGCCGCUUGCUUCUCUACUCCUCCGUGCUCUACCUGCUGGCCUGUCUCUGGGUCUACUGCUGGAACCUGCCGGAACAGUGGAGCUCAAAGCUCCUGAUGGCCCUUCCCCUCCUCACCUUCCCCAUCCUAGUGUGGUUCAUGAGGAAGCUUCUGCUUUUCCUGUUUACCAAGCGCACGGAGAGAAACAAUGACAAGCUAGAAGAUUUGAAAGUUGAAAAGAGAAAGACCCUGGAGGAGGUGAUGGAGAAGGAGACGUACAAGAACGCCAAGCUGAUCCUGGAGAGAUUUGACCCAGAGGCCAAGAAGAGAGCAGAGAUGGAGUCUACACCUGUGAGGCCUCAAAUGACGCCCAGACCAGGACAAGAGCUCCGUCAGAGAGGGGUGGCCAUGAGACCCCCUGUCAUGGGGACACCCAUGACCCCCCUGCCAGGGCUGGGCCCUGGAGCUACUCCUGCGGGGCCCCCCCUCCACGCGGCCCCUGGAGGGCCCCCAGAGAGGGGCCUGUCUACCACCCAGCAGGACCUGAUAAGGAGGCCCCCUCUCCACAUGACCCCCGGCACCUCCAUCCCCGGCAUGGGCUUCCAUCCCCCCGGCCCUCCCCUUGCCAGGCCGGUGUUGCCACAGGAACGAGGUACGGUGGACCGUGUCAUAGAGUACCUAGUCGGGGACGGACCUCAGAACCGGUAUGCCCUGAUCUGUCAGCAGUGUUUCUCCCACAACGGCAUGGCUCUGAAGGAGGAGUUUGAGUACCUGGCAUUUAGGUGUGCCUACUGCUACACUCUAAACCCAGCCAGGAAGACCCGCCCCCAGGCGCCCCGUCUCCCAGAGUUCAGCUUUGAGAGGAGGCUGCGCUCAGACUCUCCCUCCCCAGUGCCCGCAGCUGGUUCUGGAGCCAACACGGAUGACAGCGCCCCCCCCUCUGGAGCUGGUGAGAGUAAGAGAAGCUGUGCUCCCCUAGCCCCUGCCCCUUGGAGUUCAGUCCACUCGAGCCUCCCCCUUCUGAACCUGGAGAACUGUCAGAACCAAGGUUCUACCCAAGCUCAGUUUGGGUCACUACACAACCUCUACCAGCAGCCCCCCUCUUCUGGUCCAGGACUGACCAGUCCACAAACUGAUGAGAGGGAGUGUGAGGGUCCGUCAGUGGAAGCCGAGCCCCAGGCUGAGGCCUCCUUGCUGGGAGAAGAGGAGUUGUCCCAGCUAGAGGAGCCAGAGCAGCUGGAGCCUCCUGAGAGCGAGCACGGCGCCACCUGGAGGCAGGAGGAGGAACUACACCCACCCCAGCAAGACAUAGUAGAGGACCUCAGCUAAACACCCCAUUCCUGUCUGGAAGACUUCCUGUUCCUGUCUGUGCUCCGCAUAGCCUGCUCGUUGACUGGUCUUUUUACAGCUUGAAUUCAUUCAAUAUUUAAAUUAUCUUGUUGGCUAGAGAUUAUACUUUGGGCUGGUGAUUGGAUUCUGCAUUUUCUUUCUAGUUGCACUAAAAUCUGCAUAGAUGACCAAGAUUGUUCCUUUGUAAGCAUACCUUUUGGACUUGAUUACUAAGGGGGUUUUCCCUGCAUCUCUGUGUGACAAACCUCCAUUAUAUGUGG